AUGGUGCAGGGGCUGAGCCUCCAGAACAGCCCUGCUGUGCCCGGUGCACCCUGGCAUGAAGGUGGCUGGGACAAGGAGGGCAGCAGCGGAGUAAUGCUGGGGCUCCCUGGGGAGAAACAUGGCCACGGCUCUGGGGAUGGCUCUCAGCUGGAUGGAACCACGCAGCUGCUACUGGAGAAGUCAGUGAGAGAAGUGUGGCCCUGGCUGCCAAACCCUGACACCAACAGAGCUGCUGCGGUAAAAAAGAGCAGCACAGCAAGAAAGGUGUCCCUGUCCCUUGAUGUCCCCACACACAUCCUGAGGAUCCUGCUGGACUUGGCCCGGGAGAAGGAGCUGCAAGCCAAGGCAGCUGCCAAUGCCGAGCUGAUGGCACGCAUUGGGCGCAGGAAGUGAGCACAACACGCACCAUGGCCAAAGGACUUUGUGUGGCCACGGAGGCUGCUGGCAGUCGCUCCCUGCACCCAGCCGUGCAGGUGCAGGAUUUAGCCCCGGACAGUCUGAUCCUUGGCAUGUGCUGCAUAGAUGGUGUGCACACAGCAGCUGUUGUUCUAACCUGACGUCAGCACUGUGGGAGCAAAGCCCCAGCCGAGACAGCCCUGGUGACACCGUGCCUGGUGCAGCGGAGUCUGUGUGGGCACGUCCUUGUCCCCAGUGCACCUCUGCUGAUGUGCCCCAGAAUUGCCCAUGCAUGCCUUCCGACCCCCAGUUUUCCAUGUACCCUCUGUCGAGAUGCUCUGUACACCAUAAAGUUCAC